GUCUAUCAAUCAUCCAAAAUGGGGGCAUACCGGUAUAUGCAGGAGUUGUACAGAAAGAAGCAGAGCGAUGUGUUGCGCUACUUGCUUCGCAUCCGCGUCUGGCAGUACCGUCAGUUGACAAAGCUGCACCGUUCACCCAGGCCCACUCGUCCAGACAAGGCCCGUCGUCUGGGAUACCGUGCUAAGCAGGGUUAUGUCAUCUACAGAAUUCGUGUGCGUCGUGGUGGCCGCAAGCGCCCAGUUCCCAAGGGUUGCACCUACGGCAAGCCCAAGAGCCAUGGUGUCAACCAAUUGAAGCCAUACCGUGGUUUGCAAUCCAUUGCCGAGGAACGUGUUGGUCGUAGACUUGGUGGCCUGCGUGUUCUGAACUCGUACUGGGUUGCCCAGGACGCUUCGUACAAAUAUUUCGAGGUUAUCUUGGUUGACAUCCACCAUAAUGCUAUCCGCCGUGAUGCCAAAAUCAACUGGAUUUGCAAGCACGUGCACAAGCACCGUGAAUUGCGUGGCUUGACCUCUGCCGGCAAGCGUUCCCGUGGUCUUGGCAAGGGUUACAGAUACUCGCAGACAAUUGGUGGCUCCAGGCGCGCUGCCUGGAAGCGCAAGAACCGUGAGCACAUGCACAGGAAGCGCUAAAAAGUUUAAGAAUGUAAUUAGACAUUUCUACAAUAAAAUGCCGAUGUUUUACAGGGGUAUUUGCUCCUUGUAUCAAGUAA